AUGUCUGUCCUUCCUGAGACCAACGACGGCGAAGUCACCUCCUGGAUACCUUUGACUGCGGCUUUCACUCCAACUGCAGGAUGUGAGAGUUCCUUCCGCCUCAACGGUCCCAGUCUGGUAGCGUUCGAUCCAGGCUACGGUCUCGACAUCGACCAACGAGUCAAGUGUGCACCUUCAGCCGUCACAACAUGGUGGGAGCAAGGCCGCCUUGAAGGUGGCCCGUCCGAGCACACCGCCGUCAGCAUCCAACCUUUGACUUGUCCGGAUCACUGGUCCACCGUCGUGACCUCGAUCAAAGACGAGUCCAGCACGCAAGCGAUGUGCUGCCCUUCUGGAUAUUAUCUGGCAAACGGUGUUCAGGGAAGCGUGGCUGGAGACUGUUUCUCAGACGUAAAAGGGGGCGAGACCCUGACAUACGCCUCGACCGAAUCCAGCGCAACCGAGGUCUGGUACACCAGAACAACGACCCUCUCGGCAUCAUCGCAUGUUGGUGCUAUCGCAGUUGUCGGAUGGAAUGUCGCUCGCGCUGCUACGAAUACCACGCCGGCACCGACCCCUACCAGCACUGAUUCGGCUGGGCCCGAUGUUGCCGCCACAUCCAUAGCCGAAUCAUCUACCGCGUCCGGCUUGCCUUCGACCACGCCCGCAAUUACUUCCCCACUCUCUUCGUCUCCAUCAUCGUCGUCCAGAACUACCUCCCUACACUCUUCCCCACAGCCUUCGCCUCUAUCAUCGACUACGUUGUCAUCGGAAACGGCUACUGAAGCUCUCUCUACGUCGUCCUCCACAGCUUCAUCAUCGAGCGUAAUAUCCUCUGGAGUCAAGGCAGGAAUCGGGCUCGGCGUUUCUCUGGGCGUGGUCGGUGUGGCUGCAUUGGUCAUGGCCUUGAUAAUGCUUUGUCGAAGAAGCAAGAAGACUUGGAAGGACGCCACGGCACCGGAAUCGGCCACUGAGGCCUACCCGGAGGCCAAGCCCGGGCUGCCACCGAUGUACUCGGUCGAAGAACGGCGCCAAGUCUUCGAACUCCCACAACGCACUUCUCGGCAAGCUGCCGAGUUGGCGGGUCAGCAUAGUCCAGUGGAGCUGGAUGCCGGUCAUCGCAGGAGCAAGGGCUGA